AUGGAUCAAGAUGCAAUUAGUGGAACUAAUGAAAUUGAUCAAACGAAUACGACGGAGGCUAAAUAUGUAUACUAUACAGAGAAACGACAUAUUUCUACAACUGUUCAGAACCGAGAGGAAGGGUCGGUUCAAGAUUGGAGAAUGCGUGAAAGACUUAAGACUGUAUCAGGUGCUUUAGUUUUGUGUUUAAAUAUUGGCGUAGACCCACCAGACGUGGUUAAACCGAGCCCUUGUGCUAAAUUAGAAUGUUGGGUUGACCCUUUUGCCCUUCCUCCGGCAAAAGCUUUGGACGCAAUUGGUAAGAAUCUUCAAGCUCAAUAUGAACAACUCAGCAUUAGAACUCGAUAUAGACAAUAUUUAGAUCCUUCAGUAGACGAGAUGAAAAAGUUUUGUACAAAUUUAAGAAAGAGUGCAAAGGAAGAACGAAUAUUAUUUCAUUAUAAUGGUCAUGGUGUCCCUAAACCAACAGCAAGUGGAGAAAUAUGGUGUUUUAAUAAACACUUUACUCAAUACAUUCCAGUGUCUUUAGGUGACUUACAAUCAUGGUUAGGAUCUCCAUGUGUUUACGUUUAUGAUUGUUCUGCUGCAGGAAAUAUUUUAGAAAGUUUUAAACGUUUUGCGGAACAACGAUAUAUAGAAGCUGCUAGAGCUGAAUCAAGUUCAACUCCACAAGCGCCUCCUAAUAUUCAAUUGGCUGCUUGUGGACCCAAUGAAACCUUACCGAUGCAUCCUGAUCUACCAGCAGAUUUAUUUACAUCAUGUUUAACUUCUCCAAUAGAAAUAGCUUUAAGGUGGUUUGUUUUACAAAAUCCCUUACCAUCAUCUCUUACGGUUGAUAUGGUAUUGAAACUUCCUGGUAGAUUACAAGAUCGCAGAACACCAUUAGGAGAAUUAAAUUGGAUUUUUACAGCUAUUACCGAUACCAUUGCUUGGAAUGUAUUACCCCGAGAUUUAUUUAAACAAUUAUUUCGACAAGAUCUCAUGGUUGCUGCGUUGUUUAGAAAUUUUCUGCUGGCGGAAAGGAUCAUGCGACGUUAUCAAUGUAAUCCCAUGUCUCAUCCUCAAUUACCGCCCACUUACGAUCAUCCUAUGUGGGACUCAUGGGAUCUUGCUGUUGACAUGUGUUUAGCACAAUUACCAGCACUUUUAAAUGCUGAUGAUGGAGGUCCGGAGGUUGAGUAUAAACACUCUAGUUUCUUUGAUGAACAAUUAACAGCAUUCCAAGUUUGGUUAUCAAGAGGUUCGGUUUCGCUAAAACCACCUGAACAAUUACCAAUAGUGUUACAAGUACUUCUUAGUCAAGUACAUAGAUCUCGAGCAUUAGGUUUAUUAAGUAAAUAUUUGGAUUUAGGACCUCGUGCUGUUAGUUUGGCAUUGUCAAUAGGUAUCUUCCCAUACGUGUUAAAAUUACUACAAAGUCCUGCUGCAGAUUUGAAACCUCCUUUGGUGUUUAUUUGGACUAGAAUUUUGGCUGUUGAUAGGUCUUGUCAACAAGAUUUAUUAAAGGACAAUGGUUACACUUAUUUUGUGAAUAUCUUGUCUCCUAGUAGUAUGUUAAAUAUUCAAAAUGAAUCUGAACAUCGUGCAAUGUGUUCUUUUAUUUUAGCAAUAUUUUGUACAAAUUUUAAUCAAGGACAAGUCGCAUGUAAAAAAGCUAAUGUUUUACAUGCAUGUUUAGCUCGUAUUAGUGACGUUGACGCACUUUUACGACAAUGGGCCUGUUUGUGUAUCGGUCAAUAUUGGACUAAUUAUGUAGAUGCAAAGAGCGAGGGUAUUGAAAAUCAAGCCCAUAUAAAACUUUUUAAUCUUUUAUUGGAUCCAGUUCCUGAAGUUCGUGCUGCAGCACUUUAUGCUUUAGGAACUUUUAUUGGUGAUUUGAAUCGCACUGAACAAAUCGUUAAUAUUGAGCAGAAUAUAGCAAUUAGUGCUCUUGAUGCCAUUAAUGAUGCUUCCCCUAUAGUCCGUCGAGAAUUAGUGAUCGCUCUUUCUCACAUAGUAAAUGCAUAUGCUGAACAGUUUACACGUGCCGCUUAUGAGGAAUUACAGGAAAUUCGGAGGAGAAACUCGACGGCACGACAACCAGCAGUUCGAUCAAGUUCCGUAUACACGUGUAUUUGGAAAGCACUAUUGAAUUUAUCAGCUGACCCUGACGUUGAAGUUUCUCAGCUUGCAUCAACGGUUAUUGAUUAUAUUCAUGAUCAGUUGUUAGAGUCACAUCAUGCCGAAAAUGUUGCAUUGACUAUACGGCAAGUUUUACAAGAACAGAGUUCACAGGAGUCUGAAACUUUUCGACAGUUUUUAAAUAGACCUCCCCCAGCAGAUGGUGUGUUACCUCUCAAAUCAAAAUUUUUUGAUUGGAGUUGCGAAUACUUUCGAGAGCCUCAAAUGAGACCCGCUGAAUCUGAACAACAGGGUAGCAUCGAUGAUAAUGAAAGAUCAUGGCGUCGAAGGAGAAAUGAAAGUAUAAUCGAAUCGACUCGACCAUUAAAAGAAGUAGCUGGUUCAAGUCGAUGGAAUAAGCAAAUUGCAUUUUUUAAUAAUGAUUCUGAACCUACAAGAUUAUUAUUUCACCAAUUCGAACCGCAUUUAAUUGUUGCUAACGACAAAGAUAUGAUUAGUGUUUGGAAUUGGAGAAAACAUUACAAUACACAUUCCUUUUCUAAUGGAAAUCCGCUUGGUAGCAAAAUAACGACAUUAAAAUUUAUCAACGAAGACGAAAUUUCAAUGUUAUUGACUGGAUCAAGCGAUGGUGUAGUACGUAUAUAUCGAAAUUAUAGUUUACCGUCAUCUACAGAAUUAGUAACAUCAUGGCGUGCUAUGCCAGAAAUUAUGGCUAACAACCAAAGAAGUGGACUUGUUGCUGAGUGGCAACAAGAUCGUGGGGUUUUGUUAGUUGGAGGAGACCAUAAUAUGGUUCGAGUUUGGGAUGCACCACGUGAAAUUACGAUAAAUCUUAUUCCUACUAGAACCGGUAGUCCAAUUACUAGUCUUACAAGUGAUGGGGGAGAUAUUUUUGUCGCUGGUUUUGCAGAUGGAGCAAUUCGUGUAUAUGAUAAGCGUAUUCAACCUAGAGACGCCAUGAUAUUGACUAGCAAAGAGCACAAAAAUACUAUAACUAAAGUUGUAUGGCAAAGUGGGGCAGGACGUGAAUUAGUUUCAGGAAGCAAGUCAGGCGAAAUUAAAUUAUGGGACAUUCGAGUAAGCCAUUCAAAACUCACUAUAUUUGAUUCCAAUACUUCCGAAAUGAAUGCAUUGGAUGUUCAUCAUCAUGCAAAUGUUGUUGCUAGUGUUUAUUCCAACCAACUUAUAAAGGUUUGGAACACAAAUACUGGAGCAAAUCUAUCAGUUACUCGAUAUAACACUGGAUUUCUUGGAUGGGGUGCUCAAGUUACUUCGUUAGCUCUUGCAGGUCAUCAUAUGGUCAUGGCAAUCGGUGCUACUGACAAUUAUUUAUCGCUAUACGGAGUCGCUAAUAAUUAG